AUGGCAAAGCUUAUAGCACUCGCACUCGCCUUCGUAGCCUUUGUAGCAUUUGCUUCCGCCCAUAGCACCAUCAUCACCACCACAAUCGAGGAGGAAAACCCAAUCUCGAGGAAGCAGUGUAGCCGACAGAUCCAGGGAGAAAGAUUCAAUCAGUGUGAGAGGUAUCUCAAGCAGGGUCAGAGUUGGUAUGAACAAAUCAUCCCGGGUCAGAUGCAGGGCGGGCUCAAGUCGUGCUGCCAAGAGCUUCAAUACGUCGACGAGCAGUGCCAGUGUGAGGCUGUGAAGGAAGCCUUCCGACAAGCCCAGAAGAUGCAACAACAGCAGGGACAGCAAGGUGAAAGCUUCGGUUCCCAGCAGAUCAGAGAGAUGAAGCAGAAGGCCGAAAACCUCCCUAACCAAUGCAAACUCCAAACACGACAAUGCCAAGUCGGAACCAUCUCCAUCAUCACCACCACCACCUUCACUGAGGAGAACCCGCAGAUGUGCCAGAACAUCCGAGGACGACGAUUCAACCAGUGCCAGAGUUACAUCCAAAAACAAAUUAGCGGUGGAACACUUUUGAUGAGCAUCAACAGGAAAGGCCAACAGACCCAAGGCGUUGAACAAUGCUGCACUGAACUUCAAAAUGUUGAGGAAGAUUGCCAGUGCGAGGCCAUGCAGGAGGUUUACAGGCAAGCCCAGCAGAUGCAGAGACAACAAGGUGGCCGCCAAACACAAGACUUGCAACGGAUGGUUGAAAAUCUACGCAAUCAAUGCAAAUUACAAGUCCAACAAUGCCGAAUCCCAUCUGCAAUGUUCUAA